AUGGGCAGCAGUGCAUCACGCGAGGGAAUAUCUCGUCGUGUUCAAAAUGCAAGCCGUUCAGAGCUGGUCGACAUUGUGCAGGACCUUUCUGAAGAGGUGAAGGAACAGGACUUUUCGGAAUAUCACAGGCAGCUCUUGGUGAAAGCAUUGGAAUUCAAGGGAAGCGAGGAAGAGAAUGAUAUGGACCAAGCACAUGGGUCAGCAAGAGGAACAUCGAAGGCACCGAAGAGCCACGAGGCCAAUUUUCAGCUCGGACAAAUCACAGUCCAACCUUUGGGAGAAUUUGCAACGUGA